GUAUCUUUUGUCGUGUUGGAGGUUUGUUUCUGUGACGUGGAGUCGAGUGAAACGUAGUAUCAGAUAGACGUAAAUAUGCGCCAGGUGCUUGUUCGGCUUUUCUCCUUGUGCUUGGUCACUGUCGCUGAGUCUUCUCUCUCCGCCGAUUCCGGUUCGUUUUCUCAAUCGUCGUCGAGCGGCGAUCUUUCCUGCUUGCCACAUGAAGUUUUGCACAAGACCCGCGGUUGCAGCAAAGUGGCGUCUGAACCGUCCGAUCCUGCGAUUUCGCCGCCGUUUCUUUCCGCUUCACCCACCUCGAGCAGCACAACAACUGCAGGGAGCAGAGGAAAAGUUAGCGAUGGAUGCUCACAAUCUUAUCCGCAUACAUGCGAGGGUGCACAGAGAGAAACGCCAUUUUUGAAGACGUCUGGAAAAAGUAGUCCAAGGUGUUACCACAGUGCUGGCGUAGAUCACGCGAGUCGACGCCAGAGUAGUUUGAGCGAUACGCCAUGGGUUACUUCAAGUCCACCGGUGUCAGCGGCGCUCCUCGCAGCUGCGGCAAGAGAGGGUGAACCGUGGCUCGUUGUAGACGAAUCUGCCAGCUCUGAUGAGGACGUGCUGGUUCGACGUAUCGAGCACUUCGGUUUCUAUAGUCCAUUCUUCGCGGAUAACGGCAAUGGCACGCACUAUGUUACUUCCUCCCAGGCACAUCAUGAGCAGUACCAUAGAAUCAACGGUGAUGGAUUACACGAGGCUUUGACUUUCGCAGCGAACAGACACAUGAUGGAUCGUCGCCAACGUCGCCCGCCAUAUGAUGUGCAACACGACCACGAACCACUUGAUGUGCAAGAAGAGCCGCGAGGUCUGAACGUGCGUAUAUGGAGGGCGGCAUCGACAGCUGCUAUGGCUGCCGGCGCGCGCCUUGAUGCUGUGGGAAAUUUGAAUCGAAUGCGAGCACUUGCGGAAAGGCGUGCUCACGUCCGGCAGACGCGAAAGGCGUUACUCUUCGCCGCGUUUGCAAUAUGUAGUGCCGGGAAGAGCAUUGUAGAUGUGUGGCAUAGUGCGCAACAUAUUUGCACAGACCACGAGCGUCGACCUGGUGUCGCAGAAGGUGGCCUACGAGGUCUUCGAACAGGUGUAAGUAGAGGAAUAUGUGAUAUCGUCGGGGGUGAGAACGAAAAUCCUCUUCAAGAAGAGCACUGCGGAACUAGUAAGUGCAGAAGCCGGUGGCGUGUCGGAGAAGCAGGGACAGGUGUAGCGCAACAGAGAACGCCAUCUCAGAUAGCGGAGCCAGGCACUGGGAAACUAAAGCAGGAGACAUAUGAAGGCAUUCCGAUUGAGUUCUUUCUGCGUGUCGAGCACGAGAGGACACAGGACGAUUCUUCGGAAUCGAAUGACGACCGCGUCUUACAACGUGAAGAGAGGGCCGCCGCACAUCGUAAAGCUGGAGGACAGUAUAGGCAUCGCUACCUACUUUCGUCGGGGAAAAGCCGCUCAGUCGCGAUAGGCAAUAUUCUACCCCUAGUGCUGCGCCAGAAAAUUUUGCAGGACUACCGCACGAACUGGGAGUGGCUACUUUGUGGGGAGUCUGCUCUUGCGGACAAAAAAGAUGCCAAAAGAAGGCGGCGGGAAGAUCCACACGACCAUGAUUUUUUGGACGAGCAAUCGCGACUCCACGAGUAUCGCAACCUGUUGCACAAAGUUGUUGGGCGGCGUGCGGCGCAGGGCUACAUUCACACUCUCGAGAGAGCAGGGGCCGUUGUGCUAGAGUUUUGCGCGAAUAAAGGAAUGGAAGCCGACCCUGUAGUGGUGAUGGACCGGCAAGUUUCACUGAUGAAACGCAUGCUUGACGAGAAAUUAUGUGCUAGCAGUGGGCGGGCUGAAAUGAAAGAAGUUCACGGUCGUACAAAAAUUGCGUUGCGCGAUUUAGAGGUUCUAGUAGCUGCGCAAUGUGCAGCACUAACGGACGACCGACAGCUUUUUGUUGAGGCUUUGGUGGGUACCGGAGCAUUGGAAGAGAAUCAAACUAGUACUACUGCCACUGCCACGAGGUCUGAACCCAAGAAUGAAGACACUAAGCCCUUUCUUUCACGCAAAUCGGCGUUAAGGAACGAAUGCAGGGCGAUCGUUUCGAAGCAGGCUGAGAUACAGAAAAAGAUACGUGAAGAAGAAACAGUGGAAAAAGUGUUCGACCGGAGUAAAGAAAAGUCGAUAUUUGUUCAGGCGCCUCUAUUUUCGGCUGAAACGCUUUGGACAUUAAUUCGUGCAGCAUUUUUCGAGAUAGCACCAGGCAUGGACGAAUGCAGCGGAUAUAGUCGUGCUUCGACAAAAGGUACAUGCAGUAGAUCGAACUUUCUAUCAUCGGACUCGGACACUCCUGAUGGAGAGGAGACUGCGAGAGUCGGAGCAGACCAAAAUUACCUUUGGAAGGCUAGGAAACUGUGGCCGCCGUACAGCCCUUGCGGAGGAGCCGCCGAGGACGACGAUAGCAAUGGACUUUUAUACAGCGCGGGGACGCUUCGAAGACGGAGCGUGCUUUCAGUUAAGGCUUCGUAAUUUCAGGGCAUUUGUUUAAAAAUAGCAGACCAAUCCAUCGCUCUCGCUAAGCCAACUAAGGCUACUCAGUAUCUUUCCUACAUUCUGACCCUGACGUGGCUACAAAUGUGAGAGGUGGCUGGGAAUGUCAUUGUCGUUCUGUUGAAGUGGACACAACAACACGAUUGCUGAUGAAAACUAGUUGGUUCUAAUUUGAGUGACACACGACAGCGGCUUUUAUUGUGGUUUCGCUUUGCCUCCGGCUCCCCUCAUUCGGACGAAGUAUCAGACGUCGAGGUUCGUCCGUGUUUCGGUGACGAGUGUGGUUCAUCUGUCGGCAUUCCGGUUACCGGUGAUAUUGAAGAUAGCAACCUAUUUGAACUUGAAGGGGGAGCACCUCCCGACGCCAAUACUGACGAGCGUAAUAAUGCUGAAUCAUCCAGACAAACACAAAAGGAGAAUUUGCUUCUGCUCUUCUACCUACGUGAAUGCGCAGCUCCUGUGGCUGUCAGACUUGCUCCGCCAAUCUAAUGAUUUCGGUUUUGCGUAGUCUCUCAUUUUUGCGAAACGCCGUUUGUUACUUGUUUGUUUGUUUUGAUGCGCUCCGGGCGACGCUUACGAUCCCGCCGGAUUUCUUUGCGCUCUGGGUGUCUUAUGCUAUGGUCGUCACUGCGAUCGACUAUGGUAUAUCUAGUCGCCGCAGUCUCCGCCAGCUGCCGGCUCUAUGGCAUGCCGGGCGAGGUGUGCAGGCGGCGGCGACUGUGCGUAGGUAGCGCCUGGCGGUGAGGCGCGGCCGGGUUUGGUUGACGUUUUUACGGCCUGCGCGCUCUGUUCUUCGCAUUCUCGUUUUGCCUUCGUUCUCUUUGUCUUCGCAUGCUAGCUUUCUUGUCUCCUCCUUGCUCGUUCUUUGUUCGCCACCACCUAUGACCUAUCUCGGCCCCCGUCUUAUCGUAGCGGGCAGCGAUGGGUUUACGUUUACCACCGCGGCCGGUACUCGUUUCCCCUUGUCUUCCCUGGAGGUGUGGCGGCUGCGCUCGCAAGAACGCACCGCCGAAGUUGGUCGCCAAGUCGAGAAGGUAUGGGAUGAGCUGCUUCGGGUUCGACGCAGCCGCCCCAACAUUCGCCGGAAUCAAUCCCGUGGGUCUCUACUGGUGUCUGGAGCGCGGGGCACUCUAGUAGGUGCUGCGUGCUUGCCGCAAGGCCACGGCAAAACGGGCAGCCAACAUCUUCCCUGGUGACUCCACUCGCCAAGCGUCUCAGCCUGAAUGCAUAGUAUCGCCGCUCGUCUUCCCGCGAGCAUGCUACGCCCCGCAAGAGGUCCUUACCGCAGCUGCCUGCGUCUGUCACGGUCUUGGCCGUCUUGCUCCCUGCGCGCGCUGCUCCGCUCAUCUGGCGGGAAUUAGCUACGCGGAGCACCCUCGCUAGUACCUCGUCCGUGCGGUACUGCCGGUGGCCGAUCGCCUGUCCCGUCUCGGCGGGGAAGUCUGAAGAGCUUGCUACCCCGGCUAGCUGGUCAGCGAUCUCUUUGCCGAUGGCGCCUGAGUGCCCGCGGGUGAAUCUCAGCUCUAGCCUGCCCGCUGGUCUGAGCCUUGCCACGGCAGCACGAAGAGCCGAGUACAGGGCUGCGCUGUUGUCGUUCCUGAGUGCUGGGCUUAGGAUCGCGCGCAAGUUGGGCUGGCUAUCAGUUAUGAGGCCGACCCUUUGGCCAGGGGUAGCCCUGGCGCCUAUCCCCCACAGGGUCGCCUUGAUGGCCGAUCUCGCGACCUCGAAGGAGUCACACAGCGGCCCGCAGUCCCAGGCGGGGCCGAAGUAGCCAGUGCUGCUGUACCAGAAAGCCGCGGCACCACCGCGAAAAUCGGCGACCGGCCUGUCCGCGUAGACCGUCCCGCCUGCUUUGCUCAAAGCGUCGACGAGUGCCGGGGCGCCACCUGCUGCGCUUGGUACGACGAUGCGGCAUCCGUCCUCCUGCUUAAUUUUGUUACUUAAUUUCGUGAUCAACAUUCUAAUCGUCUUAACUAAGCAUCGGCACAGAUCUUGCAAAUGCAUUGAUCUGUAUAACAGUGCGCUCGAUUUUUACUUGCAACGUGAUUGACUGCGUUUUUAUCGAUACAUAAGAAGUACAUCAAAGCAGACUAACGCUACACCUUGUGAGUUAAAAAAAUGAUGACCUUCAGGAAGAUGGUGUCUUUUAGAUGUCACGAUAAAGGAUUCUAUGAAGAGCACCACGAUGCGCUUGCUCAAACACAUUGCGAAAUUGAAGAACGUUACCAGUCUUUUUCAAAUCGACUAGGGAGGAACGGAACCUAGGCAAUGAGGUAAGUCGCCGGUUUCAUGUGCUUCUGGUAUUGUCUUCUGGCGAGACAAGGCGUUGUCUGUAGAAAGACGUCGCGAGGAGAGCUGAUCAAAGUGGAGAGCAGAAUUGUAGCUGUGUUAUGCGUCUGCGAAAACAAAACGUAAGAAAGGAGUGAUAGCAGAUAAAUUCUGCCUCAUCGAAGUCGCAUGCAUACUGCUGUACACACUAGAAGUUGUUGGAGCCGCUCAGCCAUCAAAGAAUUCGUAC